AUGCGUUUUCGUGCCGCUGCCGCUCCCGCUGCCGCUGCCGCUGCCGCUCCCGCUGCCGCUCCCGCUGCCGCUCCCGCUGCCGCUCCCGCUGCCGCUCCCGCUGCCGCUGCCGCUGCCGCUGCCGCUCCCGCUGCCGCUCCCGCUCCCGCUCCCGCUGCCGCUCCCGCUCCCGCUCCCGCUCCCGCUGCCGCUCCCGCUCCCGCUCCCGCUCCCGCUGCCGCUCCCGCUCCCGCUGCCGCUCCCGCUGCCGCUCCCGCUCCCGCUGCCGCUCCCGCUGCCGCUCCCGCUCCCGCUGCCGCUCCCGCUCCCGCUGCCGCUCCCGCUCCCGCUGCCGCUCCCGCUCCCGCUCCCGCUGCCCGCAAAAUUCGAGGCCGAGGCCUAACAAAUCCUGCCGCUCCCGCUGCCGCUCCCGCUGCCGCUCCCGCUGCCACUCCCGCUGCCGCUGCCGCUGCCGCUCCCGCCGCCGCUCCCGCUGCCGCUCCCGCUGCCGCUCCCGCUGCCGCUCCCGCUGCCGCUCCCGCUCCCGCUGCCGCUCCCGCUCCCGCUCCCGCUCCCGCUGCGGCUCCCGCUGCCGCUCCCGCUCCCGCUCCCGCUGCCGCUCCCGCUCCCGCUGCCGCUCCCGCUCCCGCUGCCGCUCCCGCUCCCGCUGCCGCUCCCGCUCCCGCUGCCGCUCCCGCUCCCGCUGCCGCUCCCGCUCCCGCUCCCGCUCCCGCUCCCGCUCCCGCUGCCGCUCCCGCUGCCGCUCCCGCUCCCGCUGCCGCUCCCGCUCCCGCUCCCGCUGCCGCUCCCGCUGCCGCUCCGCUGCCCGCAAAAUUCGAGGCCGAGGCCUAA